CCCGGCAAGACGGCUUCCUAGAGCCCCAGGAGCAGGAACCCCUUCGCCCUUCGGCCCCCGGAUCUCCCUGCCAUGGCUGCGACGGAGCUGGAGCGCUUCUCUAAUGAAGAGAAACGGAAUCUCGCUCUGGGAGGCCAUGUUGGAUUUGACAGUCUUCCUGAUCAGCUUGUCAGCAAAUCCGUAGCGCAAGGCUUCAGCUUCAACAUCCUCUGUGUGGGUGAAACUGGCAUUGGGAAGUCAACGUUGAUGAACACUCUCUUCAAUACAACAUUUGAGACUGAAGAAGCCAGUCACUAUGAGCAUGCUGUUCGCUUGCGGCCACGGACUUACGACCUGCAGGAAAGCAACGUCCACCUGAAAUUAACCAUUGUAGAUGCUGUGGGGUUUGGGGAUCAGAUAAAUAAAGAUGAAAGUUACAGGCCGAUAGUAGAUUACAUUGACACGCAGUUUGAAAACUACUUACAAGAAGAGCUCAAAAUCCGGCGUUCCCUCUUUAAUUAUCAUGAUACAAGAAUCCAUGUCUGCCUUUAUUUCAUCACUCCAACUGGUCACUCGCUGAAGUCCUUGGAUCUGGUGACCAUGAAAAAGCUGGAUAGUAAGGUGAACAUUAUCCCUAUAAUUGCCAAAGCUGACACCAUUUCCAAGAGCGAGUUGCACAAGUUUAAGAUUAAGAUCAUGAGCGAACUGGUUAGCAAUGGAGUCCAGAUCUAUCAGUUCCCCACAGAUGAUGAUGCUGUGGCUGAGAUUAACUCUGUGAUGAAUGCUCAUCUGCCGUUUGCUGUUGUAGGAAGCACAGAAGAGGUAAAGGUUGGAAAUAAAAUGGUGAGGGCUCGGCAAUAUCCUUGGGGUGUGGUACAAGUUGAGAAUGAAAGCCACUGUGACUUUGUAAAGCUGCGAGAGAUGCUGAUCCGUGUCAACAUGGAAGAUCUGCGGGAGCAAACUCACACUCGCCACUACGAGCUUUACAGGCGGUGUAAGCUAGAAGAAAUGGGCUUCAAAGAUACUGAUCCUGACAGCCAGCCAUUCAGCCUUCAAGAAACCUAUGAGACCAAGAGAAAAGAAUUCCUCUGUGAGUUGCAGAAGAAAGAGGAAGAAAUGAGGCAAAUGUUUGUGAACAAGGUCAAGGAAACAGAGUUGGAACUGAAAGAAAAGGAGAGAGAACUGCAUGAGAAGUUUGAACAUCUAAAAAGAAUGCAUCAGGAAGAGAAGAGGAAAGUGGAGGAGAAGAGAAGAGAGCUGGAGGAGGAGAUGAACGCCUUCAACAGGAGGAAAGUGGCAGUUGAAACCCUGCAGUGUCAGUCUCUGCAAGCCACUUCACAGCAGCCGCUGAAGAAGGACAAAGACAAGAAAAACAGAUCAGUAAUUACAGGAAACCAGUCAGGAGUCAGCCUCUCCAACUCUAAGGUGAUGAUCACCAAAGCCAAUGUGGAGCCCUUAAACUGCAAUACUUGGUGGCAUGCCAUACAGUGCUGUAGCUGCUUGGUCAAGAAUGCGGCAUGGCGGGAAGGAUUCCUCUGAGGCAGCCCAUUUAGUAGAUGGGGCCACUUGGACAUCACCAUGGCAUGGAACUGGAGAGAAGAGAAAACAUUUAUAUAUCACACACACACACACACAUAUAUAUAUUUAAGCACACACGCACAUUUAUUUAUAUUUAUUUAUAUAUAUAUACGUAUAUAUAUAUAAAAAAAACAGAACUGAGGUCAACUGUGAACUUUGUACGUUUUCAUAUGUCAUUGACCAGAAGUGCAAACUAAUCCUUAUUCAUGGCAGGAAACCUCUUAUAAAGUUUUGUUAUUAUUUUUUUGUCCUGCUGUUACCAUUUGUGUCGUAUUUGCCAAAUAUUGAAAUGUUGAAGCUUCUACUGAAUGUAACUUAAUUCUGAAUUCGUUGCAUUGUUCGCAAUUGUCAAUUCAGAAGGUUUUGACUUCUCGUUUGUAAAACUGAGUAAUGGUGAUAAUUCAAGCCAGCAAACAGGAGAGAGAGAGAACAACUGAUGAUGCUUGGAAGCAGAACUAAUACAAUCUCAUCAUCCUGGUUCUGAUCAGACAUUUCCCCCCAAACAAUCCUGAUGCCAGGAUGACCCAGGAAUCCACCCUUUGCUAUAAAGCAGGGGUUGGGGAAUCUGCAGCUCUCCGGAUACUGCUGGACUGUAACUCCUGUCACUUCUGACCACUGGCCAGGCUGGAUGGGGUUGAUGGGAGCUGGGGUCCAGCCACAUUAAGAGAGUCACAGGUCACCCACCCAUGCUGUGAAGAGAUGAACUCUGAGAGACAUUAUCACACGACUUUUGCCUUACUAUAGCACAUGGUAACUUCUUAACGGGGAGUUUUCUUCCGGAAAACGUUUAGCAAAUAAGAUGUGACUUAAGUGCCAGAUCAGAAUGAUCUAAUUUGCCUAAAAAUGAGGGUCAAAUGUUUUUAUGCAGGGUGAGGAGUAAAGAAAAGCUGAUCUGAGAUGCCCCAUUUGUGAAAUGUAGCAAAAACUCUGAAAGCUUUUUAUGUACAGUAUUGAGAGUGCAGAUAGUUAGAAAUAUUUUUGCAGUGUAUAUUUAAAACAAACGGAACAAAUCUCUAGUGGUACAGUAUGAGCUCUUUUUAAAAGUCAAUUAUUAGUUGUCCUUUCAAAAUGGGAGUCUACACUGUUUGUAAAUCAAACUUAUGGAAUAGUUGGGUGUUCAAAUGGAAUUUCAGUAUCUUGAACAGUAAUUCACUUCAAAAGAUUUGCAGAUAGUUAAGAAUGAGUGGUCUGCGAGGCUAACUAGAAGGGAAUGUAUGCGCACCAUUGCUGUUUUCUAGUCUUAUUUGAUAAAAACAACAACCCUAGUUUAGCCUUUUGCAAAAAAGAAAAAGAAAACAUGUCUAGUGCUUACAAUGUUUAAGAAAUCGAUUGAUGUUGCUGUGUAAAGAUCCCAGUGAAGUUUAUUGAGUAUAAUUCUUUCCAUUCUCACAAUCUCAGCUGGAGAACAUUUACAACCACUCUGCACUGCAAGCUUCUUUACCGAUGGUAUUAUCUGUUUUAAAACAAAAGGAAAAAUAAUAAUAAUAAAAGAAGCCCAAAUUCCUAUGAAA